AUGAAGGAUAAAAAUGGAAACAUACUGACCAGUGAGGACAGUGUUUUGAAAAGAUGGAAGGAGUACUUCGAAGGGUUGAUGAAUGGAGAAGAUGAAGGAGAGAGAAGACCAGUAGAAGCAUGGAAAUGUCUGGGAGAAAGGGCAGGAGGAUUCUUAAGAAGAAUGUUUAACAAGUUCGUGGAAGGCGAAGAGAUGGAAGACGAUGUACAGAGUUGUUAUAAUUACAGAAGAAUAAAGCUUAUUAGUCAUAACAUGAAGAGGGACAGAAAGAACUGUGUGUUUGUAGAUUCAGAAAAAGCUUGUGACAGAGUGCCAAGAGAAGAGGUAUGGUAUUGUAUGAGGAAGUCUGAAGUGGCAGACAAGUGCGUAGGAGCGGUGCAAGAUAUGUAUGCAGGAAGUGAGACAGAGGUGAAAUGUGCGGUGGGAGUGACAGAGGGUUUCAAAGCAGAGGAUUACAUCAAGGUUCGGCGAUGA